AUGUCGAAGAACCCCAAGCUUGCCUACGAGGCGAAAGAACCUGCAUUUCUCCAGAAGCUUCGUGGCCACUACGGCGAUACUUCCGGUCGCCUCGAGCGACCCGCUGCCCGCCCUCGAAAACUUAAGAACAAGGACGAUGAAGAUGACGAUGCGCCUGUCUACGUCGACGAAGAGAGUAACGAGGUGAUCUCCAAAGCGGAAUACGAGGCUCUCGUCGGUGGAGGGUCAGACCAAAAGGACGGCGACGCUUCCGCGAAGGACAAAUCCACGGAAAAUGGACAAGACCAUGCGCAGUCGCAGACCGAGACCACAACGGCUAAGCAGAGCAACUUGACCGAAGUCGGUGGCCCGCGAAAGCGGAAACAGGUCAAAGUCGUGGGGGACGAAGAACCUGAGGAGAAGUCUGGAGACAAGCAAGUGGCCGACGAGGCCCAGCCCAAAGCACCAGCGCCUCGGAAAUCAAAAAAGGUCAAAAAAAUCAAACUAUCCUUUGACGAGGAGUAA